CUAAACACCCCCGGAUCUAUUGUAAUAGUGCAUCUUGCUCUGUUCUAAUUAACGCUCACAAUGGCUGCUUCCCUCGUCCGCACCUCUGCCCGUACGGCCCUGCGCGCCGGAGCUUCGGCUACUCCCAGAACUGCCGGCAUGGCGGGCUUGACUUUUGCCCGCGGCAAGGCUACUCUCCCUGACCUGUCCUACGACUAUGGCGCUCUCGAGCCCUCCAUCUCCGGCAAGAUCAUGGAGCUUCACCACAAGAACCACCACCAGACCUACGUCAACAGCUACAACACUGCCAUUGAGCAGCUCCAGGAGGCCCAGCACAAGAACGACAUUGCCGCUCAGAUCGCUCUCAAGCCCCUGAUCAACUUCCACGGUGGUGGUCACCUGAACCACACCCUCUUCUGGGAGAACCUUGCUCCCAAGAGCGCUGGCGGUGGUGAGCCCCCGUCCGGUGCCCUGUCGACUGCCAUCAACGACACCUACGGCAGCCUGGAGGAAUUCCAGAACAAGAUGAAUGCUACUCUUGCUGCUAUCCAGGGUAGCGGCUGGGCUUGGCUCGUCAAGGACAAGCAGACCGGUCACAUUGGCAUCAAGGCCUACGCCAACCAGGACCCCGUUGUCGGCCAGUUCCAGCCCCUGCUGGGUAUUGACGCCUGGGAGCACGCCUACUACCUCCAAUACCAGAACCGCAAGGCCGAGUACUUCAAGGCCAUCUGGGAGGUCAUCAACUGGAAGGCCGUGGAGAAGCGCUUCUCCGCGUAAAGCUUUUCUUAUGAUAUGAACUGUAUAUUGACGCGGCUUGAUUAGCGAUUGUGGAUCUGCGUAUUAUGUGUACUAUGGAUUUGGAACUAAUCAGGCUCAACCCGAUGCCCUAAUGCAAAUUCCGUAUUAAUGGCACUCUCCUCUCUUCUCUUC